AUGACGGAUAAGCUACCUCCGCCGCUUUUGGCGCUGUUCCAGCCGCGCCCGCCCCUUCGAUACCUGCCCCCAGGCGAUCGCGCACCCGAGGACUGCGGAAAGAGUACCAUUUCCGGUGUCGCUCAGUUCCUUGCGGAUGCGAAGUCUUUUGCUGAAGAAGUUCCCUACAAUGCCACAGAAAGCUGGAUCCAGCGCAAAUAUCGCCUAAAGACAGAGAAAAAGCAACAACAAGAGAAUCAAAUCACAGAAGGCUUGCAAAACUUCAAUCCUGAGAAGGAUCCACAAGCUCGAGGUGACCCGUUCAAAACUCUUUUUAUCGCACGUCUCAGCUAUGAUGUGAAAGAAGCCGAUCUGGAACGAGAGUUCGGGCGAUUCGGUCCCAUUGAGAGAAUUACACUCGUCAAAGACACCGUAUCGGACAAGAAAAAGAAGGCUCACCAGGGCUACGCAUUCGUGGUGUAUGAGCGCGAGAAAGACAUGAAAGCUGCAUACAAAGAAACAGAUGGCAUCCGCAUCAAGGACCGUCGAGUCCUGGUAGAUGUUGAGCGCGGCCGUACCACAAAAGGUUGGAAGCCUCGCCGCUUUGGCGGUGGUCUCGGUGGACGUGGCUACACCAAAGCCAUGCCAUCCCGGCCUGGUGGUCCCGGAUUCAAUGCUCCUUCCGGCCCCGGUGGAUAUGGUGGCGGAUUCCGCGGUGGCUUCGGUGGUCGUGGCGGCGGUGGAGGUUUCCGUGGCGGCGGUGGUUUCCGUGGCGGUGGUGAUCGCUUUGGAGGUCCUCGUGGGGGAAUCGGAUAUCAAGGCAACCGCAAUGGCUUCGGUGGACAAGCUCCUCCAAACGCUCCCUCAGGCCCCGGUGGUGGACGUGGAGGGUUCAGAGGUGGUUAUGGCGGCGCCGGUGGCGGUGGCCGAUUCGACCGUGGAGUAACUGGCAGCAACUCGGAACCUGUGCGGCCCCGUGGAGAUGGCUAUGGUGAACGUGAACGCCGUGAUUAUGACCGUGACGACCGUUACAGAGACCGUGGCGGUGACCGUGGCGGUGACCGCGGUGGCGACCGUGAUCGCAUGGGAGACCGAAACGGAGAUCGAUACCGUGACCGGGACCGCGAGCGCGACAGGUAUGCAGGCGGUGGUCGUGAGGAUUAUGGACGCAAGCGAUACCGCGAAGACGAACCUGGCCAGGAUGACCCUCGCUCUCGAAGAAGGUACUAG